AUGAAUAAGCGCUCCCAAAGCUCACAUCGGCAAGUAAAACACGUGAAUAUCACGAUUUCACAGGCUCCAACGACGUUACAGCUUAUUAGAUUAAUAAACCCAAACGACGAAGCUACAAUUGAUCUUGGAAACAUGGUAACCUCUACUUAGAAAUCCAUUUUAGAGAAAGUCCCUGCAUCUUGUAGGGAGAAGGUUCAGAGUAUUUUCCAUCAGUAUAUUUUUGAUCAUAGGACUUUUGAAGUCCCCACUUCACAGUUAGUAAAACUUCUGGGCAGAAAUAAGGCAAAUGGAAGUUUGAGCCCAAAAGAAAGGGACCAUGCGAAGUCAAGGAUCCAGCAUUAUUUUGAAAUUUCUCCGACCAAAGUUAGACUAAGCAGCCAGUUAACUACGUCGGAAUCGUUUAAAAAACUAAACCAAAGCGUGAGAAUGCUAUCAAAGGAACGCCAAUUCGUUAAAGAAGUCCCGUUAUUUGUAGAUGAAGUGAUAAGCAAGUCUGCCAGCAUAAAUAACAACUCAGAAAUAAGGCCUCAUUUGGCUCCUGGGCACUAUCGCAGAAUUUCAGCUCCAAUUCGACCAAACUUGCAAUUGGAUGUAUCCUAUAAAGAACUGUAUCAAAAAAAGCAAAAUUCAUCAAAAAAGCACCAAGUAUCUCACAAAAAAUUGAAGCUGAAUCCUAAGUCUAUAGAAACCAGUGUAAUUCAUAUAUCAUCUCCUCUUGAUGUUUCCAUUGACGAAGCUCCAAAAAGUACUGCAAGUAAUUUUAAGGGGAUUUACCCGAACUCAGACGAGUUGAUUGAAAUUCGAAAAAACUUUUUUAGAUUGUACAAUUCUAAAAAUUCGAAUUACUAA